AUGCCAUCUAUACCCAUUAGCGGUACGGCACCGUCCCGGGCCUGGCCCAUCCCCUACGCAUCCACCACACAACAGCACUAUGAAUACCAGCAGCACCGCCAGGCCGCCUUCCAAGCGCUUCGCCCCAUCACCACUCAGCUGCUGCUGCUCCGGGACCAGGCUGACCGGCUACAGCCGCAGCUAGUGGCUUUGCGUAACCUCCUGCAAGAGCUGCCCCCUGACGGUGUUGAUGGCUGUUGGGACUAUGUGGCUUUCCCUCUCAUGAUCCUCGUCGAUGCGGUCGUACCAUCGCGUGCGGCAGCAAGGCCGGCGCGCAGUGCUGACGGCGGCGGCAGCGGCGGGAGCGGCGACGCCAGCUACGGCUUUGGUGGCGAGCGCACCGGGGAUCUGGUAGCCGCAGCCUGCCGCAGCGACCGAGUGGUGGAGGCAUUGCUGGGCGCCCUCCUCGCUCUGCUGGAACGCACCUCAGCAACGGCAGCAGCAUUAGCUCCCGGCGGUCGUGCCGGUGGCGAUCCAGGGAGGGCGGACAGGGAAGUCCCACGCGGCGCAGGGCUCGUGGCUGAGCGGUCGGUGGCGGCGCUGCAGCACCUGGCCCCGCUGCUGCAGCUGGGCCGGGAGGAGGUGUCGGAUGAGGUCCAUAUCGCGCUACAGCGCUGCUUGGUGGCGGCGUUGGCACCGCUGGCGUUGGCGGCUGCGCAGGCUGCUUCUACUGCGACUGCUACGCCUUCCAGUGGCGAUGAUGGUGCAGCAGCUGGUGGUAUACGGGGUUGCGGCGGCGACGGGGUUGCUUACGGCGGCGCGGUGUUGUGUGGCGAGGAGCUGGCACCCCUGGCUGGCUACUUGCUGCAUAGCUCCCUGGAGGUUUCGGAGCGGGAGGUCCUGGCUGGUCACCGAGGCAGUAAGGCGCUGUGUGCUGCCGCCUUGACCAGCCUUGGGGAGCUGCUGGCCGCCCUGCCGCACCCGGAUGUCCUGGCGUUCUUCCUGCCCGGGGUCGUGUCGGGGCUGUCAAAACACCUGUACACGGCGGGCAGCUCUGCCGCCCUCUGUGGACCCAGCGCUGCGCCCGGGGCGUCUGCAACCGUGAAAGCACUGGCAUGCCUGCGUACGGCCAUCACCACCGUACUGUCGGACGAGAGUACGGCGUUUAUCAUGGGGCCGACCGCCGGCAGCGGCGGCACCGCCACUGCCGCCGUCGUCUCCGCUGGAUCCCUGCCGAAUGUCCGCAGUGCUGAUGAUGCGCUGUCCGCGCUCAAACAGCUCAGUCUGUCCUCCUCGGCAGCUGCGGCUGCCAGCGAAACCGGCGCCGCAGGUGCCGGCGGCGCUGCUCAUCCUCCCGUCCCAGCGGCCGCGGCGGCGGUGUCCAAGGACCUGGCCGCGGCGCCGCCCCGCCCCCGGCGCCUCCGAGUGGACCGAUCCCUGGCCUGGCUCGAGGACACAGGCAGCCGCGUGAAUGCCUUGCUGACCCGGGCACUCCCGCCGCUGUGUUCCCACCCGCGGCCCGCUGUACGGGCGGAGCUAGCGACCACCCUGAUGCAGCUGCUGGACCGCUGUGGCCGCGCGCUGGCCCCUUCGCAGCCAGUGCUGCUGCGGCUGCUGUUCACGCUGGUGCAGGACGAGUGGCAGCAGGUGGCUGCGCCGUGCCAGGAAUGGGUUGCGCGCCAAGCCCGACCCGUCGCUGGGACAGCUGCGCCCGCUGCCACGUUUGCUGCGAUGCCCGUGAACAGGGAUUCUGCAGCUGGGGUUAUCUUGGAUGGUCGCGAGUCGGGCGGGAAUACAGCUGCCGUGGAUGGGAUGGAAGGGGGAGUCCACAGCAACGGCACUGCUGCCGGUCCACGGCACAAGGAGGAGCUGAAGGCGCUGGAGGACGAAUUCGAGCGCUUCAUGCAGGGCCUUAUGUCCGAUAGUGUAUUAACGGAACAGCCCGCUCUAGACUUGAACGAGCGUGAUUUACACGGCGGUUCUGACGAGGGCGCCGGCGGGCGCGACCAGGGCGCUCCGCUGCCACUGUCACCAGUAGUGCAAGCCCGAAACGGCGGCAGCGGCGACGCGCCGUCGGCCAUCCCCGCUGCACCCAGUGCCCCGUCGCCGCUACCGCCAGCAUUACCCGGCCUGCAGUGCCUGAUCGCAGAGAGCGCUACGUCCGCGUACCUGCUGCGCGCAGUGACCGCCGGUGAGGCUGAGGCAGUGGUGCAGGCGCGCUGCCUGACAACAGCUUUGUUAGUUGCGGGCCCCGACCUGGCUGCAAAGUGGCUGCUGCUGCGGCCCGCCGCGCUGACCGACCUGCUGGUGGGGCUCUUCCGCUGCUUCGCCUUUGAUCGCAACGCCGCUACCCUUAUUCUGCACCUCCGCGGUGAGGCGGGAUCAUACGCACCGUCGGUGGUAGCAGCCGCACCCAAUCAAACCGCGCCCGGAAUGCCAGGUACUGGGACGGCGGCGACGGGGGCAGGGGCAGCGACGGCGGAGGCAAAAGACGCGGCAGGUGCAGCGCUGGCGGGUGGGGCCGUCGCUGCAGCAGAGCUUCCCCGCAUGCCGCUGGGCAUGCUAUACCUUGCUUCGCAGCGGUCGUACUCUGCGCUGGCGGCGAUGGUCAGGAGCCUUGGCAGGCUGGCUCGUGCGGCGGACCUGGAGGCAGCUGUCGCGGUGCCGUCACAGCGACUUACGAGCAGUGUCCUGAGGCGUCUUGUGGACGAGCUUUGUAUAGAGAUGCGCCGUGCGGUGGCGCGGGGCAGCGCCGCCGCUGCCAUCGGCGCUGCUCAGCGUGACAGCUCAUCUUUCCCAGGGCCGCCGGAAGCUGAUAAUGAUGAUCUGGAGGAUGGUUAUGGCGCCUGCAUCGCUGCGGCAACGCCGGCUGCAUUGGGGCCCCCUGGUGGCGAGAGCUGGCAGUCCGAGGCGGCGGCGAUAGCGGCGGUGACGGCGGAGGUGAUUAUAGGGGCGUCCAAUGCGUGGGCGCCGCCGCUGGGCGCGCCGCUGCAGGCGCAGCACCGGGACGACGUGGGUGGCGGUGAAGCACACGUUGGGAAGGUACCGCUACCGCCAACCUUCCCCACCGCUGACCCGGCCUUCGAAAGCAUUCUGCUGGGGAUGCUUCAGGAUCUCAUGCGGCCGGCAAUCACUAAGCUGCCCACACACAACGAAGCCGGCGGAAGGCCAACCGGAACUCCCACCAGUUCCGGCGCUGCGCAGCUAACGUACGACGAAGUCGUACGUCCAGACCUGACGAUGCCACGCAGGCCGCUGACGGCGCAGGCGCUCGGCGAGAAUGUGAUGCUGCUGCGGGUGGUGCUGGAAGUUGUUGGCACAGCGGCACGGGCUGCGGGUCCUCGGUUCGUGGCUCAGGGCCGGCUGCUACGGACUGUGUUGGUGCCGCUGUUGGAGCUGCUGGGAGACCCCUCACCGCCCGUUGCGGCGGCAGCGGACACCGCAUUGCAGUCCAUCUGUGUGCAUUGCGGCUACGGCGGCUCCCUGACCGCCCUGCUGGGGGCGAAUGCGGACUACGUGGUGGACAGUCUGUGCGCCCGGCUGCGGGACCUGCAGCGACACCCGCGAGCACCCCACCUGUUGGCGGCACUGCUGCGGAGGGCGGGAGUGGCCCCGCAACUGCUGCCCCUCAUGGCGGAGCCACUGCAGCGCACAUUGCAGGGACUAUCUCCGCUGUCCCGCCACUGGGCGCCCAGCUACGUGCACUCCUACCUGGCGGUGCUGAGGGAGCUGGCAGCUGGGGCCGCGGGCGAGGCGACAGACGCCGGGGAGGUGUCCCGAAGGGAGGUGGCGGAGCUGAACCGCCUGGCGGCGGAGGCACGCCGCAAGGACCUGGUGGAGGAAGCCGCAGCGGAAUCGAUGGCCGGGGGACCUGCCAGUGGUCCAGAUGUUGCGCCGGAGGCGGCAAGUAGCCGGCAUGAGGACGUGCGACAGUUUUUCAUGGAACAUAAUGCCGCCACUGGCGGUGGCGGCGAAGAUGCGGCAGGCGAGGGGCGGCAGCGGCUGCUGACACUGACUGCGCGGCAGCUAGAAGACAGCGAGUUGCGCUUCCGGAGGCUGCACGCGGCGGCUGUGGUAGCGGGGGCCGCUGCCGACGCUGCGACGCCCCUGAUGAUGUCAUCGGACUUGCGCGCCGCAGUGAUGGCGUUGGACGUGCUGCGGGGCGCGCUGGCAGCGCUGGCGGUAGCCACACCGGCCGUGGAGGGGGAGGCAGCCGUGUUGGAGGAGUAUGGCGGCGCGGAGGCGCGCAUGCGGCCAGUGCGCCCGGAGACGCCCAAGGUCCUCCCUGCAGUGGCAACGGCGUGGAGCCCGCUGAUGGCGGCGCUGCGGGACAGCAGGACGCCCAUGGUGGAGCGGGGCGUGGCGGCCUUGGCGGAGCUGGUAGCGGUGGCUGGAGGCGCGUUCCUGGCGCGGCGCUUCCAGCAGGAGGCCUGGCCCGUCCUGCAGCGCUUACUGACCCAUGGUUCGGCCCACACGCCGGGACUGCUCAGUCUGGGCACGGACGCGGCGCGCAGCGUGCCGCGGCAGCGCCUGGAAAUCGGCGGUUUCGGCACGGCGUGUUCACCCAUUACCAUCAGCGGCGGGGAGGACGUGACGGCAGCGCUGGCUCCUGCCGCAGUUACCCGGGUGCGAGUGGCCACGUUGCGCUGCCUGGAGGCGGUGUGUCGCUGUCGGGAUGCCGGGGUGGCGGUGCGCACUUUAACCUGGAGCAUUGCACAGGCCUCGCUCCCCUUCCUGGGCUCCAGUCAUCCGCCACCUCUCCAUGAGGCGGCGCAGGGCACCCUUCUCGCAGUGGCCGCCCUUGACCCGGACUGUGUCUGGCUACUCCUGUACGACACAUCAGACAACAUGCCACCGUCACUCACUACCGCCAAAGGAGCUGGCCGGCCGCCGCCAAGCUGUACGGCAAGUAUUCCGGGUGCUUCGAUGGCUCCAGGACCCAAGUUUCCACAGCUGCGGACGCUGCUGCCGCCUCUGCACCGCGCCGGCACAGGUAGACUUGCAGGACGCGGCGCCAUGCCAUCACAGCAGUCGCAGUGGCCUGUGACUGCGGGUGUGGCAGCGGACUGCGGGCCACGAGCCCAGUCGCUCCUGGCUGCUCUGGAGGGGCUGGAGGCGCCGUGGCAUGCGACACGGAUACCCGAGCUAGACAUCGCGGUGGAAUAG